GCGUAGUCCCUGCGCCUCCGGGUCGCGUCGUCCCGAGAAGGGGAGCGCUGGCUCUGCGUGACCUGGAAGUGCUUCCACUUUCGGUGGCGAAGAAAGAAGACCGUAGAGCGCUGGGGUGUGGAGGUGGUGUCGGUGCACUGCCCUCAGCAUGCAACGCUUGCUCUUGCCGCCCCUGAAGGCCUUGACGGGGAGCCCCUGUCUCCGGCUCCUGGUUCCUAGGGCGGCGCCUAGAGCACAGUGUGGUUGCAGCUGUGGGAUCAGGCGCCCUUUGAAGCCAGGACAAUACAGCACCAUCUCUGAAGUAGCUGUGCAAUCUGGAAGGGGUACGGUGUCCCUUCCCUCAAAGGCUGCUGAGCGGGUGGUGGGCCAAUGGCUCCUGAUCUGCAGUGGAACAGUGGCCGGAGCGGUUAUUCUUGGUGGAGUAACUAGGUUGACAGAGUCUGGCCUGUCGAUGGUAGAUUGGCAUUUAAUAAAGGAGAUGAAGCCUCCUACAAGCCGAGAGGAAUGGGAAGCAGAAUUCCAAAAAUACCAGCAAUUUCCAGAAUUUAAAAUCUUGAAUCACAAUAUGACGUUGGCAGAAUUCAAGUUCAUCUGGUACAUGGAAUACUCACACCGAAUGUGGGGGCGCCUUGUAGGCCUCGCAUACGUCCUGCCUGCUGCCUACUUUUGGAGAAAGGGCUGGCUCAGCCGUGGCAUGAAAGGACGUGUUCUUGCUCUCUGUGGCUUAGUCUGCUUCCAGGGUCUGUUGGGAUGGUAUAUGGUGAAAAGCGGAUUGGAAGAAAAACCAGACUCCCAUGACAUUCCUCGAGUCAGUCAGUACCGCCUAGCUGCACACCUGGGAUCAGCCCUUGUUCUUUAUUGCGCCAGCUUGUGGACUUCCCUCUCACUGCUGCUCCCUCAGCAUAAGUUGCCUGAAACUCGUCAACUCCUACGGUUGAGACGAUUUGCUCAUGGAACAGCAGGCUUAGUGUUCCUUACAGCACUCUCAGGGGCUUUUGUAGCAGGGCUGGAUGCUGGGCUCGUUUACAACUCCUUUCCCAAGAUGGGAGAAUCCUGGAUCCCAGAGGAUCUCUUUACCUUCUCCCCCAUCCUGAGGAAUGUUUUUGAGAAUCCCACCAUGGUACAGUUUGAUCACCGUGUUCUGGGGAUCAGUUCUGUCACUGCCGUUACAGUGCUUUACUUCCUCUCCCGGAGAAUUCCCCUUCCUCGGAGGACCAGGAUGGCAGCAGUGACUCUGCUGGCAUUGGCAUAUACACAGGUGGGCUUGGGCAUUAGCACUCUGCUGAUGUACGUUCCAACCCCUCUGGCUGCCACUCACCAGUCGGGCUCCUUGGCUCUGCUCAGUGCUUCCCUUUGGCUCAUGAACGAACUCCGACGGGUCCCAAAAUGAUUCUCAGAGGAUCAUCUUCCUGGGACUGAAACUGUUCCUUUGAGAGCUCCUCAGAGAGUGCAAGAACAAAAGGGUGACCUUGGCAUACCAGGUGGCUUCCAAGUUACUUAAAACUUUUUGUCUGCUUUUGAGAAAGAGUCACUGGAUCAAGUAUGUCAUUAUGUAUUGUUUACACUAAAGAUUCCUUUUUUAAUCUUUUCAUAUUGAAAAUUAGGUUUAAUGUAGAGAAAUGUCUGUCAUUUUUUGCUUCUUAAUAGGCUCUGUCUCAAGCUACUUAGUGUUGGCAAGCUCUUGAUUCUACAUGCAUGGUUUUGUGUCCUUGGUCUCCUGUGUCCUGAAUUCUACUUAAGUGGAAUUCUUUAUAAUCUUCAUUUCCAUCAGGUGAAGAUUCAAAGGGAAGGAUUAGCACACCCUAAAAUAGCCAGAUAACUUUCAGCAAGAAGUAGCUAGUGUCUUCCAAAAAAAUAUCCUUAAUUUCAAAAAUGGAGAAAUGAUAGAUUUUGACAUGUCAAUGUCUGUAUACAGGUAUGUGCUGCAUGAUGUCCAUCUGGGCAGGGUCCAACCGCGUGUACAUCCCUGGUCCCCUAGGUUUUUGUUUUGGUUCUCCUUUUGUUGAUUAUUUCCCCCUAAUGGUUUUAAAGACCCCGAGCCCCCAGAGUGAAUGAGCAGCAGGGCUCUUUGGCGCGUAUCUAUCCCCCCAGCACCUCCAUUCGCUCCUGGCUAAGGGCAGCACCUGCUGCAGCUCCUCUGCCCCUGCCUCAGGCUCCCAGCUGUGGGCUGUAGCAGUAGCAACUGCACAUGAUCAGGAAGCACUUGGGCUGCAUCAACAGGGCAGCAGCAGCCAGGGCCACCACUGCCAGCUGUGCUCCUGGCACGCGGCACACGUGCUUCCCUCUUAGUCCCUGUGCCCAUCUCCUUGCACCCCUGUGUGCCCCCUGCCCUAUGCUUGGAGGUGUGCAAAGUCCAGGUCUGGCUGCUGGCGCAGAUGCUGCCAGGCCUGCAGCUGCGCACCUGCCAAGGUUGGCCUCCUGUAUCCAAUGGAUACAGCUCUUGGGCUUUGUCCGGUGAGCAGGUGGCAUUCCUCAGGCAAGCAGAACAACGGGCAGAGCUGGGCGAGUAACCCAGGGACUGCCUCUAUAUAAUACGGUGUUCCCACAAUGUCCAAAUUGCAUAACGCCCUAUUUCACAAAACGUAUAGUGGAUGUUAAGUGAUGCAUGGCUGUACAGCAAAGUGGUUUAUGAGAACUUAGAAAAAGAGGCUAUUGCUAGGUCAGAGGAAUGGAAUAAACACUGUACAUUGGUUCCUGAAAGACAAAAGGAAAUAUGGCCUUAAUGGUAGUACAGGUAUUCCCUAACUUAUGACAUAUUUGAGUUAGGACAAACAGCAUUAAGACCAUCUGUUUCUUUUUUUCCCAUAAAUCUCGUCGUUGGUAAUAUGUACUACACACAGUGUUGCAACGUGUAAUUUGCUGAUGUUAUUAUUCUCAUGCCAACUCCCAAAGACAAAGAUUGGCUUUGUAACAAUACAGAUAAUAAAAGGCAAUAAUUAUGAAAAAAAAAAUGAGGUAUUUGACAUAAGUCAGAACCGACUUACAUUGGGGUUAUCAAAACAGAACCCUCUCAUAAGCUGGGGACUACCUGUAUAUGGAAGUCUCUAUGGAUGUUUAAACAAAUUGUUGAUUAAUGAAUUGGUGUGAUUUUGGUCUCUGCUGAUAUUUCACAGGGCUCUGUAUUGUUCAACUUUUUUCUUAAUAUUGUUCACCUUUUUUUCUUAAAUCAGUGCUUUGCAUGAAGGGAUCAGAAACAUCAGAUUUGAGGAUGGAGCAAACCAACAUUGCUUACAUAUAUAGAUGAGAGUCAUAAUUCAAAACAGUCCCAGAGUGACACUAUCAAGAUAAAGAGAUUAUAAAGUUCUCAUUUAAAUUAAAUAGGUUUUAUAAGUUUGGGGUGAGAAUCCUGGCUUUAUAGUAUUUCACAUAAAAAAGACUUAAGGAUUUCAGUUUGUCACAGGCUCAGUAUGAACCAACAAAGCGAUGAUACUGAUAAAAAUUAGUGGUGUUCAGAUUUUAUCAGGAGGAAUGUCACAGCCAGAUCACAACUUGUGUAGAAUACCUCUCAGGUGUUACAUUUCACUCUGAAUACCAAAUUUAAAGGAGGACAUUGACAACUAACUGUAUAUUCAGAGGAGAGGCCAGGAUGGUGAAGAGUCCAGAACCCAUAUCCCACAGGGAAUGGUUGAAGGAACUGGGGAUAAUUAGCAGGAGAAAAAAAACAUUUAGGGAGAGAAGGAUUCCUGUUGGAGAAAUUAAAGCCUUCAUGCAGAGAGAGAAUGAGCUUUCCUUUGCUGCAAAACUGGGAGCAAUGAGUGAAAAUGGCAGGAAAGUAGUUUUUUUUUUUUUUUUAACUUUUAUUGAGCUUCAAGUGAACGUUUACAAAUCAAGUCAGUCUGUCACAUAUAAGUUUACAUACAUCUUACUCCGUACUCCCACUUGCUCUCCCCCUAUUGAGUCAGCCCUUCCAGUCUCUCCUUUCGUGACAAUUUUGCCAGCUUCCCACUCUCUAUCCUCCCAUCCCCCUUCCAGACAUGAGAUGCCAACACAAUCUCAAGUGUCCACCUGAUAUAAUUAGCUCACUCUUCAUCAGCAUCUCUCUCCCACCCACUGUCCAGUUCCUUUCAUGUCUGAUGACUUGUCUUCGGGGAUGGUUCCCGUCCUGUGCCAACAGAAGGUCUGGGGACCCUGGCCGCCAGGAUUUCUCUAGUCUCAGUCAGACCGUUAAGUAUGGUCUUUUUAUGAAGGAAAGUAGUUUUUAGUUCUGUAGAAGGCAACAGUAGGUUGGACCAGAUCAACUGUCCACUGGGAUCAGGCUGAUGGAGACAGUGGUGAACUGGAGAGCUGGUGCCUCUGUUAGGAGGCUAAGCCACUGUGAACUCUGGCCGAUUGUUGCUCUGGAGGCCCAGGGUUGCCAGAGCUGCUAGUUUUUAAAGAAGGCAAACAUGUUUGUGUGAAAGCUCUGUUUAAGUGUUGGCAACUAAUUGCAAGUUUUUUUAAAUGUUACGCAGGCCAGAAAACUCAUUUGGGAGCCAUAAAUGAUAUAAGGCUUGUCCAUUUGCACUCUUUGGACUAGAUGAUCUCAGUUCCCUUUCUACUCUAGUAUUCUUUGAGUUUCAGUGAGUCCUGCAAUAUGUGUUUGAGGGAACCAUUCUCAGGUGGGUCUUAGCAAACCAGAGGUAGACAGUUUAUCUUUGAUUUUUUAAGGAUCCCAGACUCUGGUGGGCUUAUACUUUUGCCUAGCGUUUUAGAGUUUUCAUAUUCUUUCACUGUUUUAAAACCUGCUCACCCUAGAGUGGUUCCCAGCUUCUCUCACAUUAGACAGAACCUUUUAAAAAUUCCAAGGCCCGAGGCUCACCCCAAAUAAAUCACAAUAACUGGGAGCAGGAACCGGCAUCAGUACAGUUCCCCAAGUGAUUCCAGUGUGCAGACAAGUUUGGUAACAUCUGGCCUAAUAGCCAAGGAGCCCUGGUGGCACAGUGGUUAAGUGCUUAGCUGAUAACCGAAAGGUCAGCGGUUUGAAACUCACCAGCCACUCCUUGGGAGAAAGAUGUGGUAAUCUGCUUCCAUAAAGAUUACAGCCUUGGAAACUCUUUGGGGCAGUUCUCCUCUGUCCUGAGGGUCACUGUGAGUUGGAAUCACCUUGAUGGCAACGUGUUUGGUUUGGGUUGGCCUAACAGCCUAGUCUCCUUAGAAAAUUCUGACCAGCUUGUUCCCAUUCCCUCAGAAUUUUCACCCCAUCCUGUCUCAUUUAAUCUUCUGUGUUAGUGUGUUAACAGGAUAUCACUUCUUCUAAAUAGUAGAAUUCUUUAGAGAAAGGAAACUGCCAUCACUGGGACGGAUGCCCACAUCAUCAUCCCAUCACAAACCCAGAUUUUCUUUAGUUAAUAACUGAGUCAGCAGAGGGCAGCGUGACCCAACCAAAGAAUCAUAUGCUAAUAUUUCUACAGUUUCGUCCAAUAAAGUAACAACUCAUGAAUAAAAUAAGUCCAAGUUUCAGAUGUUUUACAGUGUUUUAAUUUUAUUAGGUAUGUUAGAAUAAGCUUGGGAAAGCAGAUGUGGUUGUAUUUAGCUAUAUAACUAUAUGCCUGUCUGUGAGCUCCUAGUGAGUGGAAAAAAACCCAAAAAACCCAGUGCUUAAUUACCUUCGUAUUUGUGGUAUUCCUGGCACUGCCAGACACAAACCAAAUAUUGAACGAAUGCCUGACUGAAUGGAAAAUGGAUAAUUAACAGAUUGAUGUCCCAGGCAUCUCUUUCAAAAAAAGUCAUCACUUAUCUAUAGGAUUAAAUGUAUUUCCAUUAAUAUUUUCAAAAGCCUGGCAAAUCUGUCAAAUCCAAACCUUUUAAAACAUCAAAGGAAAUUAAAACACAUGGUUUCUUAAUACGUCAACCCAGAAUUUUUUGUCUUUAAUUUAUAGUAACAAAUAAUGCUGUCCAUUGUGGCAGGGGUAACGAUUAACUACCCCUAACUCUGCCUAUUCCCAAGAAAGGUGAUCCAAUCGAAUGUGUAAAUUAUAGAACAAUAUCAUUAAUAUCACAUGCAAGCAAAAUUUUGCUGAAGAUCAUUCAAGAACGGCUGUAGCAGUAUAUCGACAGGGAACUGCCAGAAAUUCAGGCCGGUUUCUGAAGAGGACGUGGAACCAGGUAUAUCAUUGCUGAUGUCAGACAGAUCCUGGCUGAAAGCAGAGAAUACCAGAAGGAUGUUUACCUGUGUUUUAUUGACUAUGUAAAGGUGUUCGACUGUGUGGAUCAUAACAAACUAUGGAUAACACUGCGAAGAAUGGGAAUUCCAGAACACAUAAUUGUGCUCAUGAGGAACCUUUACAUAGAUCAAGAGGCAGUUGUUCGGACAGAACAAGGGGAUACUGAUUGGUUUAAAGUCAGGAAAGGUGUGCGUCAGGGUUGUAUUCUUUCACCAUACCAAUUUAAUCUGUAUGCUGAGCAAAUAAUAUGAGAAGCUGGACUAUACGAACAAGAAUGGGGCAUCAGGAUUGCAGGAAGACUCAUUAACAACCUGCUUUAUGCAGAUGACACAACCUUGUUGGCUGAAAGUGAAGAGGACCUGAAGCACUUACUAAUGAAGAUCAAAGACCACAGCCUUCAGUAUGGAUUACACCUUAACAUAAACAAAAAUCCUUACAGCUGGACCAAUGAGCAACAUCAUGAUAAACGGAGAAAAGAUUGAAGUUGUCAAGGAUUUCAUUUUACUUGGAUCCACAAUCAACAGUCAUGGAAGCAGCAGUCAAGAAAUCAAAAGACGCAUUGUAUUGGGCAAAUUUGCUGCAAAGGACCUCUUCAAAGUGUUGAAGAGCAAAGAUGUCACCCUGAAGACUAAGGUGUGCCUGACCCAAGCCAUGGUAUUUUCAAUCACAUCAUAUGCAUGUGAAAGCUGGACAGUGAAUAAGGAAGACCAAAGAAGAGUUGACACCUUUAAAUUGUGGUGUUGGCGAAGAAUAUUGAAUAUACCAUGGACUGUCAAAAGAAUGAACAAAUCUGUCUUGGAAGAAGUGCGGCCAGAAUGCUCCUUAGAGGCAAGGGUGGCAAAACUGUGUCUUACAUACUCUGGACAUGUUGUCAGAAGGGAUCAGUCCCUGGAGAAGGACAUCAUGCUUGGCAGAGUACAGGGUCAGUGGUAAAGAGGAAGACCCUCAACGAGGUGGAUUGACACAGUGGCUGCAACAGUGAGCUCAAGCAUAACAACGGUUGUAAGGAUGGCACAGGACCGGGCAGUGUUUCGUUCUGUUGUGCGUAGGGUCACUGUGAGUCGGAACGACUUGACGGCACCUAAUAACAACAACUCUGCCUGAAGUGAUACUGCUUGCAGAGACUAAAACUAAUGAGCAUGAUAUUGGGAUAACCAGGUUAUCUGCGACUAUCCUUCUGGCACUGGGACAGGUGGUGGGUUACAUGUUGGCAGGUUUAACCCAAACUGGCACACCCCUGCAUAAGGGAUAGUGCGUGGCCUCUCUAACAUGCAUUGCACGUCUCACCCAACACUGAUUUAACAGUGUUUAUCACUGAGAGUUUUAAGAAUUGCGUUCAGUAAAAUUGUUCAAUGUGAAACAUUAGAAACACACUAUUAGCAGCCUCAAGAAGUCAUGCAAUAUAGGCAGCCUUUGGUUUUUCAGAGUGAGAAGGGAGCCUCUAGUUCUGGAUCGUAAUAAAAAGAUGCCUUUCAACAUGCUCUGCAAGGUCCAUUGCUCAAAGCAGAAAUAGUGAAGGAGAUAAGGCAUAUACUUUUGGGCUUCAACUAAAGGGGAACAGUGGAAUUUCAAACACAAUAAGAAAUACAAGAAAUCAAAAUAUUUGUCUGGGAUCUUGACUUCAAGAGAAAAGACUUUAAGCUAAUAAGGGAUAGAGGCUUCACCACUGGAAGACUUAUACAGGCCAAACUCUGGUAGGUGCUGUGUAGAAGCCACUCAGGAAAGUACCAGGGCUACCACAGAGUGCAGAGGAGUGGUAGGCCACCAGAGGGUGUACGAUGGCUGCCCUACUUAAAAAAGAGAGGCUUAGGAACAGAAAUGUCUUAAGGCUUGCCCGAAGUCACGUGCAUGGCUAUAAACAUCCUGUGAUUCAGACUUUUUUUUCAACUUUGGUUUCUGUAGAACUGGCAAGCAAUGAUUGAAUACAUUUUAAAAGUAGAAAGCCCUUAAAGAGUCAGUAAUGAUUCAGUUUUACAAACAAUAGGAUCUAAUGCUACAGAGUUCCAGAGAAUCAAAAUGGUUAACUGGUGUGUUAUUCCUCUCCUGUCCCUCUAAUAAUGGUACUGACAAACUGGGAAAGAGAGAUAUUAGGCAAAAGGGAAACACUUGUGUAGUAACAGAAGGAAGUCUACAAACCAAAACAAAACCCAGUGCCGUCGAGUCGAUUCUGACUCAUAGCGACCCUAUAGGACAGAGUAGAACUGCCCCACAGAGUUUCCAAGGAGCACCUGGUGGAUUCAAACUGCCAACCCUUUGGUUAGCAGCUGUAGCAGUUAACCACUAUGCCACCAGGGUUUCUGAAGGAAGUCUACAAGGAUAUAAAAAAGAGAGAGGAAGUAGACAAAGUAGGCAUGAAAUGAAGCUGUAACAAGUCACACAUAAGAGAACCACGUGCAGAAACGGAAACCAGAAGAUAGGACACCAAACCAGGCACUACAGCUUUUCAACUUAGAUCAAAUCCAGGUUACGAUAAAGAAAGGCAAGACGGGAGCCAUAAAGAAUACAGAACAAUACCUAAAAGUACUCAGUUUCAGGUAUAUUCACUCUGUCUGCAAAAACGUUUGCUAUGUAUUAAUUGAAUGGGUCAAAACUUUUGGUUUUCAAGUCCUUGUUUUUUUAACAGAAUAUUUUGUGUAACACAAGCAAAAUCCUCACAGGUUUGACAGAAGCAUUUGGCCCCAGUGACAGGACUCCAAAGGUAGCAUAACCUAAGAGAAUAAUUUGAGUGAAUUCUUAAUCCCAAUUGAAACAAAGCUAUCCAGCAUACCACAGGCAAAAAGGAAAAUUAAGAUACUAAUUUUGAAUUAGUUUGAAAAUAAUUUUAAAGACAGCAAAAAGAAACAAUAUGGUUUCUGUAAGGAAGUCUGGAAACUGCCAAAGAAUUACAAUCAAAUUCCUUAAUGAGGUAGAUCAUUUAGUUUAGAUUGUAACCAUCACAUGGACUGCUUACAUGCUGCGGUUAAUUGUACAAAAUUAAGCAAGUUUUUUAAAACAGACAUCUAAAAAUUUUUAAGUAUUAAAGAAAUACAGAAGUUAGAACAAAUUUAGUAAAGAACUGGGAACUAUUUCUAACAAUGUAUUUCGAAUUUAAUUUCUAAGCAAAGCAAUCACAAAUGAAAACCAGAAGCAGUUAUAAAGAUCGGGCAUGAAUAAAGUGGUUAGUUGCAGCCAGCUGUAUUACAAAGAAUAGACGAUUCUGUCGAAAUAACACCAUUGGCGGAAGAUUCUGUCACUAAAUCAUUUCACUGUAGCUGUCAAAGUGGUGUGUGUGAUACACAGAACAGAGAAACUUGGAAUCCAGGAGGCCAGUCACUGUGACUGUGUACAAAUUACAACUUCAAUCAUCCAUAAAAUCAAGGGGGUUGACUAGAAGGCCUCCAGAAGCCCAGUUUUAAAAACCUGAAAUUUAUUUAUAAUGAUUACUGUUAGAAGCUCCAUUCCCACCGUCAACCUUACUGUCAGGAGCUGUGGCUAAAAUAGGAGGUAACCACUGGCUCUUGUGGAGAGCCUGGUCUUCUAAACCAAAGGCCAGAAUCCUCUUCCAGAAACCGUGUCUCUUUUCUACCUUUUCUUUUGCCUCUAGUUCCUUAGAUCAAUGGCUCUGUCUGGCUACCUCAUUGAAUAGAUGGGGAAUGAACCAGAGGUCAAGCAGCUUGCUCUCUAGGGUACCAGAGCUAGUUAAUGACAAAGCCAAGACUAGAAUCCAAGUCUGCUGUCCGUUAAGCCCACAGUUCCUUCCACUAAAUCAUACCAUCUACUUGUCUUUCACUCCUGACAAAAAAGCAAAGCACAAAACUAUGAGAAUGAGGGUAGUGGGACAGCAUCUGCUUAGAUAACACCAGCAAGAAAUUAAAUAUGGAGAUGGAAAUAAAUGUCAAUGCUUAAAAAGACUAGUUCAGCAAAUGCAUGGCGGCCUUUAACCGCAUUUUACCAGUCACUGCCCAAGGCCUUCGAAGGCAAAGGAAGCUCCUAGGCUGAGGGAGGGAGGGACAGUAUACUUUGGAUGACAUCUGAAGAAUACAUACAAGGUUGGUGGAAAGUGAUUAAAAUUUCCUAGACAAUUCAAGGAGCUAAAGUACACAGAGAAAGCUAGUAUAAUUUGGCUUAGAAGUAUAACUGCAAUUUAAGUGAACGUUAUGCCACAUAAUUGUUUUGCAUAUUUUUCUUACGUUGAUGACUAAACCCACUGCCGUCGAGUCGAUUCCGACUCAUAGCAACCCUAUAGGACGGCGUAGAACUGCCCCACAGAGUUUCCAAGGAGCGCUGGUGACUAGAACUCACUAUAUGGAAUGAGUUAUCAUAGAUUGUGCCAUCAUAAGACUAAUAAAGGAUCAUUACUAUAGGCCACUGACUCCAAUUUUGACAUUUGUGACCUGUCUCAGUAAUAACAAAAGUAAUAAAAGUCAGGUGCAUUGUUAAUGUUAUCAAGAACCAAGAAUUCAAAGGAACCAAUGUAAUGUGAGUUUUGUGAAACCAUAAUUAUCUUCACAAUGGACCAUUCAAAAUGCACAAAUGCAAAUAGAGAUUUGAAAAAAAUUGAUGAUUAAAGGUAUGGCAAGACGGUCUGCAAACCUAUAAAUAAGAAUAUUUCAUUAUCAGAAAGAAAAAUAAUUGGCCCUCAGCAAGGAAUAAAUGGCUUACGUUUCUGUCUAGCGACAUUUCAUUUAAAUCUGUUAAUUGGGAACAAUGGAAGAGGCACAGGAACCAAUACCAAUCGCAAAUACUCUGUUCUGAGAGGUAUAAUAAAAAUUUCCCUUCUUAUUUUUAUACUGUGGAACUCUGGAACGUCUUACUCAUGGUAAUAAUGACAAGCCUAGACCUCAUGAUAUUCAAAUAGUGAAGAGACAGCAUUAUGUAAAUAAUGAACCAAACAAAAAGUCAAACACAAAAUAAGAAAAAGAAAGACAUUUAUAUUGAAAAAAUUAUAAAUGUAGGCAUCCUGAGUUUCUCAGCUAAAAAAGAACACAGUAAUAUCAAUCUGAAAGGUUGUCGCAAUGAUUAAAUAAUACACAAAAUUCUUAACAGAGUGGUGCAGAAGAACUGCUUAACAAAUGGUAGCUGUUCCUAUUACAACUUUCCUACUAAGAGCUUUCAGUUGGACUAAUCACCACCUCUUCACCACCACAACUUCAUUUUGAGCGCAAGAAUGUGAUCAGUGGUUGUCAGUCAGGUAUCUUUUGACUAGAUCAUUCCCUCACAAGAAAACCAAAAAUAAUAUUUGGAAACCAAGGUGAGGGAAAAAGAAAGUUACCUGAGUAGGCAAUGGUGAGCAAAAACAUAUUUUGACAUUAUUUAUAAGCAGCAUUCAUUCAAGUGAGGAUCCCCUCAUAGUGACACAAAGAUAAUAAGAAAAGGCAAAUUAAAAGUCUUGAAAAUUAAAGGGAAUAGCUGUGACAUAAGCCCUAGUGAAACCAAAAGAAAUAUAUCCAAAGGAAACCAUAAUAACCUAUGCUAGAUGCACUUUUUAUCUAAUGUGAAGACAAGACUUGUCACCCUUUUACCUACUAACCGAGAGUCAGUACACUUGUUUUCCUCUCAGUUUGUUUCUAACAGGACCUUGAUUUCUUUUUCUUUGUUUUAGGAAGCAUUUCGUUCCUUUUUAUUCCCAGUAUGGGAUUUAUUUUUCAAGAAUUCCAUUAUUUUUUCCUUAAAGUCAGGGACCCUUUUCCCUACUCAACCCUAGAAAUCAAAGGUGACCAAAAGAAAGCUACUUCAACUCUGGGAGCAGUCAUGGGCAGGACAGGCAAAGCCACAUGUCGGAACGGGUAAAACAUAAAGGAGACUCCAGGGCGGGAGGCAAGAGCUGAUGAAAGAAAAAUCCUCACGCAAUUUAAAGGCUAAAUGUGGAGGAGGAGCAAAGCUCCUGAAGGAGAAUGGAUGAAAAUGUAAUUAUUAUGGCUUUUCCUCUCCCCUCAUUAGUGGAAGUACUGUUUAUGACUGAGUAAUCUCUUAACAGAGGUCCUUAAAGUUUCCAGGUGGCUUAUUAACAGAUUUAUCUAUUCCAAAAUGUAGAGCUUGUUCCCUUCAGACAUUCCAAGAGUCAGAUAUUGAGAAAAUUUCUAUUUCUCAAAAAAAAAAGAAAUAGGAACUUUAAUUUUAUUGCUUUUGCCCACUCUCCUGAUACUGCUCUUCCUUUCUUUAAAAACAACCCAAAUACAUCCCUUCCCAAACUACACACUGAUCUUAGCAGUGUAAUAAAAGGAACUCUUUUUUAAGCCCCCUGUAGGGGCUCAUAAAAAUAGGUCUAAGGGACAGUGACCCGAAAGCAGACAAACCCAGGACCCAGUCCCCAUCACAGCUUUUCCAUCCUACAAGCACAAUUAAGGCUCAAAAAAAAAAAAAAAGAAAA